AGAUAUUUAAUUUUUUUUGAGAUAAUAUUCUAUAUUAUUUAUCAAUAACAUUAAAAUAAUUACUAAUACUAUGGCUUUGCCGUGGCAUAUACCAUUGGAAGCUUUACCUUCUUACAGAGAGAAAGAGCGCUCUAUUGAACCGUCUUUAAUAAAACAUUAUAGUAAAUUGAACGUACACGAAAACCCAUGUGAGGAAUUGCAAACAGGUCUUCUUUGUGAAAUUGGUAUAAAUAAUAAAGAGCCUACGACUAUACAACGCCUCAUUGCAGCUGGAAUGACUGUUGCUCGUUUGAAUAUCCGUGAUUUGGAACCGGACGCUUGUACACAAUUGCUACAAAGUAUUAGACAAGCUGUAUAUAAUUACAGUGCUGAAUUAGAAUAUGUUUAUCCUUUGGCGCUUUUAGUCGAUGUAAGAGGUCCAGACAUAAUCACUGGGGAACUUAAAGGUGGACCACAUACAACCAUUGAGCUAAAGGAGCAUGAUUUAAUAAGAUUGACUAUAGAUACCAGUUGGCGGGAAAGUGGCACUGUCGAUUGUUUAUUUGUUGGAUAUGACCAUUUAACUGACUUACAAACUGGGGACUUGAUAUUUAUAGAUUGUUUAACAUCAGGUAAAGUUAAAUUAAUAGUCGAUGAAAUUGGUGAUGAUUCUAUCGAAUGUACAAUUGCAACGGGUGGCGUAAUUGGAGCAAAAAUGGCUGUUCAUAUUUCAAAAGUUCCACAUGAGAUAAAUACUAAAAAAUUGAACAAAAGUAUUGAAUCGCUAUCUUAUAGCGAAUCUUUAGAACAACCCUUCGAGCACAUUGAAGAGCAAAUAGCAUUUGCUAUAGCUUCGGAUAUUGAUGGCAUUUUAGUACCUAACACUCAAACACCGCAAGAUAUUCGAGUAGUUAAAGAUAUUUUAUCUGAAAAGGGUAAACAUAUUCUCGUUUUUGCUUGUAUUGAAACUGUUUUAGGAUUUGAUAAUAUAGAAAGUUUGUUAGUUGAAUCCGACGGCCUUUAUGUGGACAGAUGUGUAUUAAGCACUGAUUUACCAGUAGAAAAAAUAUUCAUUGCGCAAAAAUCUAUUUUGGCAAAAUGUAACUCUAUUGGUAAGCCAUGCAUAUUUAAAGCUGUUCUGAAUGAACAGAUUCCUACACUAUGUGUAAACGAUAUCGCCAACAUUGUAUUGGACGGCGCAGACGUCUUAUCGCUAGAACUGCACUACGAUUCGCCAUUGAAAAAGUUAGUACCGGGCUACGAUGCAGUAAAAAUGGCCGAGAAUUGUGUUGCUGCUGCUGCAGUUAUUUGUAGACACGCAGAAAGAAUUAUUUGGAGACCAAAAAUUUAUGGUGUAACCGAACUUAUGCAGACAUCUUUUGAAGAGCCUACAAAAGCAAUUGGGGUGACCGCUGUUGAGCUUGCUACGCGUUCUAGAGCAGUUGUUAUAAUUUGUCUCACAAAUUCUGGACGCACUGCAAAAAUUCUUUCGCAUGCCAAGCCCUCUUGUCCGAUAGUAGCAGUGACUAGAGCAUGUCAUACAGCAAGACAAUUACGUUUUUGGAGAGGUGUUCGUGCUAUGCAUUACUUUGAGACCGCUAAAACUACUUGGCCAUUGGAAGUAGAUUCACGUAUACACGCUGCUCUGGAUUAUUGUAAAGCAAAAAGAAUAUUACGCGCGGGAGAUGCAUACGUAGUAGUGACAGGAUCAAGGCGCGGGGCAGGUUAUUGUGAUACUAUAAGAUUGUUAUAUGCUAGUGCUCGAGAAACAGUUCCAGUAGAAUUCUGACA